AUCCAGAGGUGCCAAUUACGCACAGGGGAUGCGCUGAACAUUUCAGCAAGCUAAAUAACAACAAAAGCUGUUUUUUUUUUUUUUAUUCUGGAGAUCUUCUGUCACUGAUGACGGUCACAUACACGGCUAGAGUUGCAAACGCCCGAUUCUGUGGCUUCUCCAAGCUGCUCUGGGCCUGGAAAGGGAGCAUCUACAAGGUGUUAUAUAAAGAAUUCCUGGCUUUCUUUGCCAUGUAUACCGCCAUCAGUAUUACUUACAGAUUUUUCCUGUAUGAUGACCAGAAAAGGUAUUUCGAAAAGCUGGCAAUUUACUGCAAUCACUAUGCCAGUCUCAUCCCCAUGUCUUUUGUACUGGGUUUCUAUGUGACCCUGGUGGUGAACAGGUGGUGGAACCAGUACACCAGCAUCCCACUUCCUGACAGACUCAUGUGCGUCCUGUCAGGCGGCCUCCAGGGGAGCGAUGAGCGAGGCCGUCUGCUGAGACGCACCAUGAUGCGCUACGCCAGUCUGUCAGCCCUGCUCAUCCUCCGCUCUGUCAGCACUGCUGUCUUCAAACGAUUCCCCACCAUGGACCACGUGGUAGAGGCUGGAUUCAUGACAAGAGAUGAGCGAAAGAAGUUUGAGGGUCUCCACUCUCCAUAUAACAAGUACUGGAUCCCCUGUGUUUGGUUCACCAACUUGGCUGCGGUGGCUCGCUGCGAAGGCAGAAUCAAAGACAAUCACACUCUCAAACUACUGCUGGAGGAACUGAAUGCAUUCAGAGGGAAGUGUAGCAUGCUGUUUCAUUAUGACAUGAUCAGUGUUCCUCUGGUCUACACUCAGGUGGUGACUUUGGCCGUGUACAGUUUUUUCCUGGUGUGUCUAAUUGGUCGCCAGUUCCUGGACCCCAGUCAAGGUUACCCAGGUCAUGACCUUGACCUCUACGUGCCCAUCUUCACUCUACUGCAGUUCUUCUUUUAUGCAGGCUGGCUCAAGGUUGCUGAGCAGCUGAUCAACCCCUUUGGAGAAGAUGAUGACGACUUUGAGACCAACUGGCUGAUAGACAGAAACUUCCAGGUGUCCAUGAUGGCUGUGGAUGAGAUGUAUGGAGAUUUGCCGAUGAUGGAGAGAGACCGUUACUGGAAUGACUCCAAUCCCCGUCCACCCUACACCGCAGCCACUCUCUUCGUCCUGCGUAAGCCCUCGUUCCAGGGGUCCACUUUUGACAUGGCGAUUCCUAAAGAGGAGAUGCACUUCCAGCCUUUGGAAGAUAUUGCUGAGAACUUGGAGGAGUCAGGAACUCGCCAUCCUAACAUGGCGCUCUUCAACCGCCUUCUCAACUCAGCCCCAUCACCGACUGGCCUAAUGGGAGGGGCCCUUCGACGGACCUCAGCACAGCUCCAGAGACUGCGCCACUUCCCCGGCAUUGACCAGUACAACAGCGAUGAUGAAGACGAGGACAGCUGUAAAAUAGGUAAAGCGGGGUCUCUGCCAUCAGGGCUCGGGCAGGAGACACAGAGCACUGUGUGCAGUUUUAGGGAAGAGAAGAGCGUCAGAACGCCUUUGCUGGAGAUUCAGUUUGGGUCUGAGCAGGACAGGCCAGGAGAGCAACCUGCCAUCAAGGAGAGGAAAGAGCUGAGUAGAGUGGAGAGUAAGUGCAACGAAGAGCACCAGAUUGGGGAAGAAGAAGGGAAAGGAGAGCGCGGAGAGACAACCAGAGCUCCAGUGUCUCUGCUUCCUCCCCCACCUAAGUCCUCCAGAGAGAAGUCUUCUCGACCAUCCUCCUCCAUUCCCAUCACCUCGAGUCACCCCUCUGCUCUCCUCUUUCACCCAGCUGCCCACUCUAGUCUGGAGCUCUGCAGCUCCCAGCCAGCUAUCAGUCACAACAAAGCUGUGUCCACCCCCAAACCUCCCUUGGGAGGAAACAAAAUGUCCUUCCUCACUGUGCCAUCCUUCAGUGAACCUCAGCGUUUUCGCAGUGUGAGCAUGGGGUCAGAGCUCACAGGGUCUUAGGUGGACAGUUGGUAGGUUCACAUGAACUUGCGAUGGUUUGAAAAUAUAAGGCUUGAUGCAGUGCAUGCUUUCAGACGUGAAGUUAGUCACUGAAGUGGAACUUUCAGUCUUACUAGUUAGUAGCACCUUCGUGGCCACAGUUUUUGGAAAUUAGUUUAGUACAUAAAACACUCUGAUUUUGUCAUGCAACUUCUGAAGUUUGACUUUCAACAAUGAUCUGUAAUUAGUUUCAAAAAUCAAAAGAGAGAGAGGGAUAGGAAAUAUGAAUAACACUAUGUUUUGAUAUGUUUAAAGGAAUACGAUGACCUUUGGAAAUCCAUGUUUUUACUCUCAUGUCUGAGAUAGAAAACAUCUAUUUCAGUUUGAUCAUUUUGAAUUACUGUAACCGGAAGCAGGUGGAAAAUCAUCAUUUUUUUUUAAAAGGGAAGAGCUCAGAGUAAUCUGCAUGUUGCAUCUUGAUAGCUGAUGAGAGAUACCAGGUUUUAAUUUAGAGUUGUAAAAUUUAAAACUUUUAACAUUAACCAAAGUUUAUUUUGAAAAAAAAGCAAAAUGCAUGCAUGACACAGUUUUCUAUGUUCAUCUAAUUCAUCUUGAUUAUUUAAAAAAGUAAAUACAUGCACAUUUAUGACUUAUUGUUUUCAUUUUCUACUACUUAUAAUAAUAUAAUAAUAAUAAUAAUAUUGGCUUAAAUUAAUUAACACAAUAAUUCGACACAAAAAUACAUUUAUACAUUUGAUACACUGUUUCAACAAAUCAAUGAAUGAGUAUUUAAAAACACAUUUUUUAGUUAUAACAACACUGUUAUCUGCAAGUGCCAAAUGUACAUUCUGUGCCAACAGUGACCAGCAGGGGGUGAUAGCAGCAAACAAAAAACAGCACAGACAGAAAUCCUCAAGUCAAUUAAAAGAAAACUCAAAAUACUUAACCAAGCCUGAUCUUAGCCUCACACAGGCUUUGCUCCUACAAGAGGAUACAAUAAUUUUCACAUUUCAAACUAAGGGAUGGUAACUACAGUUUUUCCCGUGAUUUUCUCUCACGAAUCACCAUUUCGAUCAUUUCUAACAGUUGCCUCAGAGCUAUAUCAGCUCUUUGGAUUAAUAAACUGCAUUUUUAACAUCUAAUAAAAUGGAACUGAUUUGGGUGCAUGGGUUGCCCAGAGCCAAAACAAGACUAAGGCGCAAUCAUUUUAGAUGGCUUGGUUAAUUUGUAGGCAGUGAAAGACUUAUUAUGGGUAGGAAAGAGGAGUGCAAAAGGUCACCUCAGUAAAGUGGGAAGUGGGAGUUGUUUGGUCACUCAUAUUUUUAGAUUUGUAUUGAUGCUGGCUCAGUCUGGUCUUCUUAGAAGCAAAGGAUAUGGGUAAAUAACAAAAACAGGAAACAAACAGUGAUAUUGUUUAAUCCCUGCAAUCACUCGUGGACUUGUUUUCGAGUUAUUGUUAUCCUCAAAGCCAUUCUUCUUAACUUUUAUGUAUGCUUUCUGAACAGUGUUGCAGUACUCGUAAUGCUUUGUCAGGCUGCCAGGAUCCAUUUCCCCUCUUCUUCCUGUCUGGACCUUGUUUAAUAAAUCUGUGAAACUUAAAAUCAAUUUAGAGAAACAAGCAGAUAAGAGCUCACCUCUGAGAUAGAUGCCUUCGUGCAGACUUGCUUCCGCAUUGCUGGUCAUUAUUUCAGACAGAUGAAAGACAAAUAUGAGCAGAAUAUAACAAAAAUACAUUUGUGUGACUGACCAAAUGACACAGCAGAAGGCCCAUGACCUACCUUCAUCGCGGCUCAGUGCCGCUCUCGGCUGUUUUGGAGCAGAAGACCUUACGUACAGAACAAUAGGGAGAGGUGCUGCACUCUGAAGUGUCCUGCCUCCUCUCCAAAGUCAAGGAUCCCAUCCUGCUGAUCUGGGGACAUUCAGCCAGUCCCUCGGGAGGGGAUUAGUGCAGUGACACAACGCAAUAAGCUUGACACACGUGGAAAUAAAUAGGGUAUAAAGCUGCAUGUCGUAAAGUGUUAUCGGCACAAAAAUUACGACCUGGUAAACAAUACUAAUAAAUUGAUGUUAGAGAGUGAGACUGAAUCUUUUUAUGAGCUGUAUCAUGUCGCAACAAUCUGAUGUUUCUACAAAGAGCUGGUACUUACUACGCAUGUUUGUUUGUCUGUGUAACUGAAUCAUUACCAGUUUCAGUGACCCAAAAAUUCUGUAGUUCCCCUCAUUAUCACUUGACCAGCAUCAAAGGCUAGCAGUAUCUGCAUAUCAGGGAACAUCAAGAAACAGAGAAACUGUCCGGCCACAUGUGGCUAUACUUUUGUACUGAAGCCCUCUUUUGUCAGUCUCCCAGAGUCAGUUUUUACAAAGGUCAACCCAUUCCAGUCUUUGUGCUGGCUUCAGGGGAAAUGUGGUUGAUGCUUCUGUCAUUAAGUGUGAAAACACAAGUGUGGGGGAGGAUUUCAAAGAAGUGUGCAUUUCUCUGGAACCAGGAGAACUGAGGUCAGCAAGCAGGCUUACUGAAACUAUCUCAGUAAGCCUAAGACUCAGAGCUGCUCUGCCGUCCAACAAUCAGCCCAUAUUUACCACGUAGUAGUGUGUGUUUGCACACUUCAGUACUCACGCUGCUUAUAUGUGUUUGCCACUGUGUAGUUUCAGUUUAUGGACUUUGUGGAAAAAGAAGCGUGUUCCUGAAACAGAAAAAAGCGAAAGAAACAAAAAAUGUGGGAAGAAAGGAAACUUUCACAAGAUAAGCUUCUUGGAAUAUGAAACCUGUGAAUGUUUACUUUGUUAUGACAGAUGUGGAUCACAAGACCACAACAGACACAAGAAAUGCUGCAGAUUCCUGUUAGUUAGCAUUGCUUGAACAUCAGUUGUGAAAGCUUCCUCCUACUUACUUCAGUUUCUGAGCUGCAGAAUCACAGACUGCGAAUUCUAAAAAUUUCUGCUUCAUCACAGUCAGUUUCCUCGCAUCAGCUUACCCAUACCAAAACCUAUAAAUAUAAAAACACUCAAGUUAAAGGAAAUUCUUAUUUAUUCCAUCUAUAUUUAUAGCUUUCACUAUAACUCGAUCGGGAAUGAUACACCGAUAGACUUUAGGCCUGGGAACACAACCAAGUCCAGCAGGUGUAUUAAAUAUGAGUGGGUGGAUGAUCAGUGAGGCCAACCAUGCCACAAGAAGAAGGCGCUCCUAAACCGCUUUAUUUCAAACUAAAACUGAAAGUGAGCACGCCCAAAAUGUCAGUAAUACGUUUAAAUUGCUCAGGAAAACGGUGUGCGUGAGCAAAUAUACUGUAAGUACAGUAGGGCAACUCUGGAUCAGGAAGACGAGUUUUGAAAUGUGGCAGCUUACAACAGACACUUGUCUGUGUUUUGUUUUCAAAUACUUCGGAAACCUGUCUGUCCACCGGACUGCUUGUGUAUCCUGUCCUGUUAGACUUUCCUGUAAUUUUGGCAAAAUCUCAUGGAGGAAAUCACAUUUGUGUCAAAU